CUGUACCCGUGAUGGUGAGUGGAGCAUAUCCUCCUGCCCGACAGGGGGCGCGCAGCUUCAGCUGAAGUACCGCAGCCAAUAUGGCGUCUUCAAACAUUGUGUCGCUGCUGUUUUGUUUUGCAUUUUCGCUGCAAAUUACCUCCUCCAGCCUUUUAACUGAGCCUUGUUACAAGCCAAUCAGAGAUGGCAGACCAGAGUCUGUCAGGACACAUCCCCGGCUGCAUGUGAAGGUGUCGGCCCUCCCUCUGUCCUGGGACUGGAGGAAUAUCAGUGGGAAGAAUUAUGUGAGCGUCACAAGGAACCAACACAUCCCCCAGUACUGUGGGUCAUGUUGGGCCAUGGGAGCCACUAGUGCACUGGCUGAUCGUAUCAACAUCAAGCGUGGAGGAGCAUGGCCGCUAGCCUACCUGUCAGUACAGAACGUGAUAGACUGUGGGAGGGCGGGCUCUUGUUACGGAGGAGAUCACCUGGGAGUCUACGCCUACGCCCAUGAGACUGGCAUUCCCGAUGAAUCCUGCAACAACUACCAAGCCAAAAACCAAGAGUGUCAGCUGUUCAACCAGUGUGGUACAUGCUCCGCUGAAUCGUGUGCUGUCGUGAAAAACUACACCGUGUGGAAGGUGGGAGACUAUGGAGAGGUUUCGGGAAGGGACAAGAUGAAAGCAGAAAUCGCCACCAGUGGGCCCAUAAGUUGUGCCCUGAUGGCCACAGACCGUCUGGAGAAAUAUACUGGAGGGAUCUUCUCAGAGUUUCACUUCCUCUCUAUAUCAAAUCACAUUGUGUCUGUAGCUGGUUGGGGCAUGGCAGAGGAUGAGACUGAGUACUGGAUUGUCAGGAACUCGUGGGGCGAGUUUUGGGGAGAACAUGGAUGGGCCAGAAUAGUCACUAGUGCUUACAAAGGAGGAAAAGGCAACUGGUUCAAUUUGGGUAUUGAGAAAAACUGUGCAUAUGGAGAUCCUAUUGUAAUAUAGAUGUCUGUUAAACUGGCAAAAAAGACUUUUAUAUUUAUUGUCCAUCCAAAUUUUUAUUCUCAUUGUUAUUUUCCUGUUGCAUUAGAAAACAAUGAGAGCGUCUGCAGGUUCUUCACUUUAGAUUCAUUGUCACAUAUUUUUAACAAAACUCUUCCUUUACAUGACAGGAGAGCUGAGUCACUCACAUUUAAAUUCACCUGUGACCAAACAGUGUCGGCAGGUCUAGAGAAAGGCAAGCGUCGAAUUACAUUUUUCCUUCUCACACUCUGCAUAACAUCUGCAUAAACGGUCUCUAAUGAGCGGCUGGAGGCUGACCAGUCGGCCUAAUUGAACACAAAUCAAAUCUGGCUGGUGUGCUGCAGGAAACGGCAUCUUUUUACCACCUGAUUUUUACACAAGCAGGGUGAUUUUUUUCUCAUAUGUAAACCUGGUUCACAUAAAAUUUGUCCUUUGUUAUCUUCAUUUUCUAGGUUAAUGAUGGCACAGAUGAGUGUUUUCAGAUUUGUAGAAAUGAAAGUUGCUACAGUUAUAUUUUCUGUACAAAACGGAUUAGAUCUCCCUGACACAGUAUUACCAGUAGACGGUGGGCGUUAUGAUGACAGAUGUGAUUUAACUUGGUGAUAAACCUCUGAAAAUGAUUGACAAUUCAAGUAGUAGAAAAUGAAUACUCAACAAAAAGUACUUUAAUUCCAAAGAGUUCAGAACUACUCAUGCACUACUAAUGUAAUUCUUGUUGAUAGCUGUCCAUAGUUGUGACUGUGUUAGUGUCAAUAGAAACAUAUGCUGUAAUACAUGGUGUGGAGAUGACCAUGGUAAUAACAUUUUCUUUCAUAUACAAGACUUAAAACUGUAUUUUUUACAUAUGUUUAUGAUAUUGUCUCUGUACGUCUGCUCAUUGAAAUCUGUCCUUGAUUGAGUUUUGAGCUUCUUAUUUAACAUUUUACUGAAUGAACAAUAAUAUCAGCGACCUUUUGGUUGGUGUUAAACUUUUCCUUUAAAAGGGGAUUUGGACUCAGUAUUUCUAACAGGAAAAAGCAUUUUAGGAGGUGUUUUGCAUAACAAUAUGUGGGAGGCCUGACACUUUCUCCAAAUAAAAGGCUU